UUUUAAUCAGUCAGACUCUGACACCCUACAUUCUCUUUACUUGUAUUCCAGUCUGUUGUGACCCACCUUGAGCUCUACUGACCCUCAUCGAGACACCUAAAAAGAAAAUGGCCAUAAUUGGAGUCCCAAUACCAGGAUUUUUCAUCACUGUACUGAUAAGCCUUCAGGAAUCAUGGGCUAUCACAGAGGAUCACGUGAUCAUCCAGGCCGAGUUCUCUCUGUCCCCUGAUCAAUCAAACGAGUUUAUGUUUGACUUUGAUGGUGAUGAGAUUUUCCACGUGGAUAUGGAAAAGAAGGAGACAGUGUGGCGGCUUAAAGAAUUUGGAAAUUUUGCCAGCUUUCAGGCUCAGGGUGCAUUGGCCAAUAUGGCUGUGGGAAAAGCCAACCUGGACAUCAUGAUAAAGCGCUCCAACCACACCCCAAACACCAAUGUACCUCCAGAAGUGACUGUGCUCUCAAACACCCCUGUGGAACUGGGAGAACCCAACAUCCUCAUCUGUUUCAUCAACAAGUUUUCUCCACCAGUGAUCAAUGUCACGUGGCUUCAAAAUGGCAAACCUGUCACCACAGGAGUGUCAGAGACGGUCUUCCUGCCCAGGAAUGACCACCUUUUCCGCAAGUUUCACUACCUCCCCUUCGUGCCCUCAGCCGAGGAUGUCUAUGACUGCAAGGUGGAGCACUGGGGUUUGGAGGAGCCUCUUCUCAAGCACUGGGAGUAUGAAGCUCCAACCCCCCUCACAGAGACCACAGAGAACACGGUGUGUGCCCUGGGCCUGGUUGUGGCUCUGGUGGGCAUCAUUGUUGGGACCAUCUUCAUCAUCAAGGGUGUGCGCAAAGGCAACACUGUUGAACACCGAGGGCCUCUGUGAGGCACCUGCAGGUAAUGGACUUUGUUAAAGAGAAGAUCGGUGAAGAUAUUUCUGCUUUAAUAGCUUUACAAACCCGGCAGUACUCCGAUUUUUCACCUCAGUGACAGCAACCAUCCUUCAGCACUUCCCAACCCUUUAGCUACUCUAAGAGUAAAGACGCCUUCUACAAUCUCCAAAUUCUAAUGUCUAGUUAUUCCCUGUCUAUUGCUCCUUCUUGUAUUGGCUUUCCCUCCGUUUUCCACUGUCUUUUUAUUAUCACCAUGUAAUGCCUUUGGAAUAGAGCCCAUAGGAUCCUUUCUCUGCUAUGGAACCUUUUGAAUGUUCUAUGGGCUUUCUCUUGUAAACUUAUUAUUUGGAGUUUCUUCUGACUGCAAUUGUGAUUUUUCUGAAUACAAUAAACUUUGAGUGGGUCUUAAGUGGA